GGUUAUUUUGAAUAUUCAUUGUUAUUUUAUGGUUACUAUAGCAGUGAGACAUAUUUCGGUGAUACGGUUCAAUACAGUGUACCCGUUGCAUAUUUUACUGUAAAUUUAUUCAUUCUCGGUUAUAGCUUUUUUAUCAUCUUGCAAAAGAUGGCAUCAAAUGCGCGACAAAGUAAGCUUGCCGGUGGUAGAGCAGAGCAGUAUGUAUUUAAUUGGAAAUUAUUUGCUGGUUGGGAUUAUUCGAUCGGAAAUGCGGAAACUGCUGGAAAUUUUGUGAUGGCUAAUGUUAACAAAUUUCGAGAAAUAAUUGCUGAAUACAAUGUAAAUCAAACGAAAAAAUUCGAGUAA